CUAGGACAUACCACAAGGCGCCGAAAGUGCAGAGAAUGACUUGAAGACGUGUGCCCCAAACUUUCAUGUCGUAGGGCUCCCUUGCGACAACACCUUGCCCCGACCCUUCGUAGAAUUGCCCAAUAUCCCCCUGCUAGUCAGGAAUGAUGAGAUCAGGGUAUCCUAAAAUGUAAACUUCACUGCAACGUUAGUUACAGUUGCACUCCCCAGAAAUAUAUGCACUCCCCAGUAUUGCAGGGCAACAUUACUGCAUGCGCAGGGUUAUCUGGCAACGCUCCCUACUCUCAAGUGUCUGCCGGACAUCCUCGAUCCAUGCUUCGAGACCGCGUGCACGGCUGUGCAACUCGCCCUCCUGCCAGCGCCUCCAACCACCGCCUAUCGUUACUCCACGGUUUCGCCCAAGCGCUAGCUCGCCAGCGGCGACACCCUUGCCGCUGCAGCUCCCAACAUGCCCCUACCAGUACCAUCAUCCCCAAGGCCCUGGGCAGCCGAACAGCGCUGCCCCAGUCCCGCCAGUCCCUUCAAUGCGUCCAUCAGCCCCUGGAAGGGCCUCCAUGUUCUUCACCGCCAUUAACAGCGCAAAACAAGCGAUCUGGGUUCCUUGCUUGCCAGGCGAGCCGGGGUAGUAGCAGCGAAGGGACAGCCCUUUCCGGCCAAGGCGCCAGCAGCAAUGGCGAUGGAGGCAUUCCCCACGUGCUGCAAUCUCCGGGACAGAACUCGCAACAAGAGCAGCAGCACCAGCAGCAGCAUCAACAGCAGCAGCAGCAAGAACUAGAUGUACGGCAGCCAGAAGGACAGCGGCAGCUGGAGGCAGCAGCAGCAGCAGGGAGGGCUGUUGACGCAGGAGGGCCCGCCGCCCGGUGGCCCGCGG